AUGCCAUGGUCUGAUCAAAGUUAUGGUCCAGAUGGUCCGUGGCACGCCGUGUCAGUUGAAUUGGGGUCGAACAAGCAGCCGAUUAACCUCUACCCCGGCGACCGAUGGGCUAGUACCAUUCUUAUCGACACCGUCUGCUCAGACGACACAACUACUUGUUAUGCAAGACGAGCUGGUCUCUUCAACAUCGACGCAUCAACCUCCGCCGUUACUUUGAACACACAGACCGACCCGACCCAGAUGAACUGGCUUUCCGAUCAGAGCAGUGCAGGUGUGAAUAAAUGGGGUGGUACUGGAUAUGUCAAAGAAGGGGUUCUCGCCGACACGCUCACGCUACAAAAUGGGCAUAAGGUGCCAAACGUCUCUAUGGCGUCUAUUUACGAUGCCUACCAAGAAUAUCCGAAUGGAAAACGAUACCCUGUCUCUGUGGGGGUCUUGUCGCUGGGAGCCCCGAAGGCUAGCCACGUAGUGGAUGGGAACAAAUUCAAUUUGCUAUCUGCCUGGGAGCACUGGAAUGAUUCUUCGUCUGAUCGCAUUCCCUCAUACUCAUGGGGGAUGCACAUUGGGUCUGUGGAACCGGAAAUUCCAGGCUCGCUGAUGCUUGGAGGGUAUGAUCAAAACCGAGUGCUGGAUCAAGUAAGCUCUCAACAGGUUGAUAAUACGAGACACCUCGGAAAUCUUAGGAUUUAUCUCAAAGACAUCGGGAUAGGAGUUGCGACUGGGGACUCACCAUUUGGCUUUGAGAAUAAAUCUGGGCUGUUCACGUGGGAAAACAGCACCAUCAUCAGGGGCAAACAAGUCGAAAUCGAUCCUACACUUCCAUACCUCUACCUUCCUAAGGAUGCGUGUGAUACAAUGACAGCCGACCUCCCGGUCACUUUUAACGAAGAUCUGGGUCUAUAUUUCUGGAACACAGAUGACGAAAGUUACGAGAAAAUAACAUCCUCCCCGGCAUAUAUGUCCUUCACAUUUGAGAAGAAUGCGGGAAACACUCAGAAUAUAACGAUAAAAGUUCCUUUUCAACUUUUGAAGCUCACGCUCCAAAAGCCGUUAGUGGAACAAAACACAACAUACUUCCCAUGCUACCCCUCCGACUCCUUCGUCCUCGGCAGAGCUUUCCUCCAAGCAGCCUUCAUUGGCACAAACUGGCAAGAAGGUAUUGGGAGUGGAUACUGGUUUUUGGCACAAGCACCUGGGCCGGCAAUCGGAUCAAGUGCUCAACAGAGCAUUGAGAUUAGUGACACCUCAAUCACGGCUUCAGCCAAUUCAUGGGAAGACAGCUGGAAUGGGUAUUGGGUACCUCUUUCAUCGAAGAGCUCCAACCCAGGUCUCUCAACCGGGGCAAAGGACGGCACUGGGAACUCCAACUCAAGCCUCUCAACUGAGGCAAAGGCUGACACUAGCAACUCCAGCCCAGGUCUCUCAACCGGGGCAAAGGUUGGCAUUGGCAUUGGAUGUGCUGCUGGUGGCUUGGUAUUGAUUGUGAUCCUUUGGGUAAUCAUCUCUCAUCGAAAGCGAACAACGAAUUCGCAUCCAAAGACUAUAGAUGAAUAUAUCGCUACACCAAGCUCUGCCGAACAGGAUAAGCCACCUCAAAUGACUGAGCUAUAUGGUCAUUAUCUAAGUGAGCUGCGGUCAGACAAGAAAAUCCAGGAGGUACCGGGGUCUACUGCAAGACAUCACGAACUUCCGUAA